AUGUCCAAUCUGAAUUCUGUUGGUGCUUGUCGCUCUGGAUUCUCUUUGCUUUUGAGCUCCAGACUUUACAAGACAUUUGUUCGCCCCAUAUUUGAGUAUGGUUUAGCCAUCACUAUUCUACGCAAAAAAGAUUAUACUGAGAUAGAACGUAUUCAAGACAAAUGUUUGCGUAUGAUUGUUGGUGGUCAUGCUACUUCUUCUACUGCAGUACUGAAACAUAUUUGCAAUUUGCCAAGCAUGCAGUUUUGCUCUGAUAUUUUGAUAUCCAAUUUCUGUAUUUGUGCUCAAUCCCUUCUGUCUGGUUGCCUGCUAUCACUUUUACAUUUACAUCAUCCUCAGUCGUCCUCUUUACCUGCUUUAUCAAAAAAUUCUCUUUUUGUCAGCAUCCCCAUCACACUGAAUUUUCAUAGCAAUACCAAGCUCAAGCGGUUUUUUGAGACAUUUCAUCAGUUCAAGUUUGAUCAGAUGCGACUUACCAAUACCAAAGUGUUACUUCAAGCAUGCCAUCUGUUGUGGUGGUUGAAGUUGAAGAAGUUUUUAAGAGGAAGAAUUGAAGAUUUGAGAUUAGGAAUGAAGAUUCGUGAGAACUUGUGUAGGUUUUGUUUAUUGAGAAAGAUUUGGUAUCAAAGUUUGGUCAGUCCCAAUGAAGUAUUAACAUCGAAAAAAGAUUUACAUAUAUUGAAGUGCUAUUACAUUAGGCGUUUGGCAUGCAUAAGGAUAAAAAAAUUGAGUGCCAUGUACCCUUCCACCAAUAAUAAAAGGGGGGAGCAAAUUCAGAUGGCAAUGGGAGCAAAUUCAGUUAGCAAUGGAUGCAAAUUCAAUUUCUAUGGAAGUCAAUCAGAUGUCAAUGGGGUCUAA